AUGUCGACUUUUUCGUCAGCUGACAGCAAGUCUGGUCUGCCGUGUGAAGUUCGUCUAAUUCUUCGGGAUCCACCUUUAGCAGGUCAGUACGCGUUCAGUGCGAAGCAAAGCCUUGGUAUUCUGGGCACUUCAGAAGCACUCAAUGUGCUUCAGGAACUUGGCGCCACACGAGCGACGCUCAAAUGGGUACAGCACCAUUGGUCGCUCAUUCUGUGGAAGCUCGCUGCAUACACAUACUGGACUGCGUCUGACCAACCAAGUCAACUGUGGACAUGGGAGUCGUGCAUGCGGCAGCUUCGCUAUAGGUACGAGCGAGAAUUCCACGCAAAACAGAGCAGUGCCAUCAAGUGCAUCCAGGAACAACUAGCGCCAGCGAGCAGGAGCAUGAUACUCUGCGUCCACCGGAUCCUGACAUAUAAGGACGUCGAAGAAGACGGUGCUUCUCUUGUGCUAGAGCUAACUGACGGAUGGUACUUGAUCCGAGCAGAAAUUGAUGCUCCUAUGCGCCGGGCUGUGCGACGAGGAGCGCUACGUGUAGGACAAAAAGUCGGGAUUAUCGGGGCAAAGGUAUGUUAA